CGCGGCAGCUCCAUUGACAACAAUAACAAUAGCAAUUUUAGUUUAGUUUGUUUGUUUGCUUGUUUUGACCAUCUGUCUUUAUGGCUCUCAGCGCCAUUAGCUCGCUAUCUUCCAAGCUAUCAUUGGGUCUGCUGAAUUUUAUAUUGGCCGUCAGUUCCGGAUGGGCACUCAAACACUACAGCGUUGGCCGGCAUGCUCUGGUCGCCUAUGGAUUAUUCUUUGCACAUAGCGUCUUCUGUAUUCUGCGCUACACGCAUCCUAAUCCCGGCCAGGUGCAGCGGCGGAUUUGCGACCAAUCUCUACGGUAUGCGCCGGUCAUCUUCGUCACACUGAUCGUGGGUCAGCUGCAAAGCAUUUCCGAUGUCAAUCAGCUAAGUGCUGGCAGCAGCAGUUGGCGCUACGUAGUCCUCGUCCUGUACUCCAGCAUCUUGACACUGGCCAGCGUGCGCAGCUGCCUCAGCGAGAAGUCGCCGCCUGCGACGGUUCUGGUCAAAUUGGAACGCUUCAAUCUGACAGUGUGCGUGCUAUGGAAUGUCUAUUGCCUUUGGCGCAUUGCCAUAUUUGAUGAGUACUGGUGGUCCUUGGGCUUGGCCCUGUUGGUUCUGCUUAAUAACUUUGUACUUUGGCGCUUAACGCUGCGCUACAACAUCACAGCCCUGGAGGUGGAAACUGUUGGCAUGUGUUUCUCUGUCAUUUUCGCUAUUAAUGCCACGCAGGAGCUGCUCGAAAGCAGGAGAGGAUGACCGACGACGUGACGAGGCAUUGUUAACCUUAUAAUUGAUGCUGCAUUUAGCACAACAUUUUCAAGACAUAUUUAUAUUAAGAGUUGAUUUUUAUACCUUGUUAAUUCGAGAUUCAUUCAAAUGGAUUUAUAGUCAAUAAACGAAU